ACUGAUUGGUUGACUACUUUAUAUGCAUAAAUAUGGUUGAUAAUGUACUGAAAAUAUUUUGAGAUUCCGUGAAAAUAAGGAACCUUAAUGACUUGGGGGUUUUAUUCAUUAGAAAGCCAAAUUCAUUGUUAAAAGGUGGGAUGGAUUCAAGACCCCAUCCACCAAAAAGGAAGGAACCAUCAACUCUUUCUAAAAAUCAACAUCAAGGACCAACCUCAGGGGAUUCGAGUAUUUGUAAAAAGGCAAGAUUAUCUUCAUCUGGUGAUGUGGACUAUCCAUCAAAUGAACAUGCAAGCUGCAGUCAUAAUGAGCUAUUUCCAAAUAAUGGAGAAAUACCUCUUGAAAGAAAUCUAGAUUCAAGUGAUGUUGAAAGUGAUGACUCCACAGAUGCCAGUAUUGGCAGUUUAAGUGGAAACCAAGUGCUACUAUUUGCAGAUAUUGACAUAAGUACCAACUUUCAGCAACAGAAUCCUCGUCAAAGCAUCGAGAAUGAUAUUUUUGAUACAUCACAGCACUCUCCAGGACAAAAUUCAAAUGUGUCAGUGGUUCCUGCCAGAGAUAGGAACACUUACAAUUUGCACAGAUGGCAAAGUAAACACAUUGCUAAGUCCAUUGUAGACAAUGCCAUCAAUAUGACAUUGGAAGAAAUGGGAGUUUCUCCUGAAACAGAGGCAGAUGUAUUUAAAAGAGAAAAAACUGAAAUUGAGACCUUUGGAAUUUCUCAUGCAAUUCAGUCCCGAGGUUUAUCAGCCCAACUUACUAAUCCAUUAAUGACUUCUUCGUCAGGUACUGUCCUCUCAAGCAUGGGAGAAAAUGCAGCUUCUAGAUCUGAUACAAGCAGACAAUAUUCAUCUGAUCCACAACCUAUUGUCAUUAAAGUGAAUGAAAAAGAAACAAGCCUGGGAGAUUCCACGCUUCAAAAUACAGACCAGAAUAGUUUGAUUAAUCAAGCUGUUACCAUGGCGAUUUGCUCACAAGGUCUUGUUAUGAAAAACAGCUAGGAGGACCUGUGUUGAUUUUUUGUUGUUCUCCCGGUUUUUAUUUUGUAAACUUGGUUAUGAUUUUGUAAGAUUUGAACAGUUUUAUUUAUCAUUUGUAUUCCUUUUAAGUGCAAUAGUGUGUUGAUUACUGCAAGGUGUACAUAGAUUGGUAUGUAUCUUAAUUCCAACAUGUAUGCUGUGUAGACCUGCUUGCCUUGAUCAACAGCUGAAUAAAUGAUGAAAUGUUGACCAUUUUCAUUAAACAGCUAACUUGUUUUGCAUAAUGAAUUUAUUUGUACAUGUAUUAACAUGUUUUAAGUUGUACAUUAUGUACUUAGUAUUUCUCUUCUUAAGAGGUAAUCAUUUUCAGUUUUAUCUCUGGUAGAGAUAUUUUUGUAAACUUAUACAUGUAAGUAAGACUGUUGUGCUUAAAGUGCAUGUACAUUCAUCUAUAAACAUGAAUAAAACUAGUCAAAAAUCA